AUGCCUUCAGAAACUGCAGAGGCUCAGAGUUCAACGCCGUCAAGGUUCUCGUCCUUUUUCAUCGAAAAUUUGCUCCGCUCCACCAGGGAUGCUAAGAGCCCGCAGGAUGGGAGCAGAGAUCAAGGGUCUCGGGGUGGAGGGGUCCCAGGAGCUCCACGUGAACGGAGCGGCCGCGGGUUCGGCUCGGAGGUGUACGUUCAGUACCACUCUGCUCCAGCGUGGAGCGGAGAUCUGGAGCAAGGAAGGUCCUCCAGAAAGAAGCAGGACUUUGCCAGUUCGGAGGAUCCCUGCUCUUCUCUGACAACCAGCGACCGGGACUCACCAGCCACUUCCGAGCUGGAGGAUGGAGCAGAGGAAGGUGGUGAUGAAGUGGAUGGUAAGAGAGGCACAUCUCCAGGAGAUGACAGGUGGGAAGACAGUCAUCAUCCCUUCUACGGACACAAUGGACAAGAAAGCUUGGAUCAGAGAUCAGUUCGUAAGAAGAAGACACGCACGGUGUUCAGCCGCAGCCAGGUGUUCCAGUUGGAGUCCACCUUUGACCUGAAGCGCUACCUGAGCAGUUCGGAACGGGCCGGCUUGGCAGCCUCCCUCCACCUCACUGAGACCCAGGUCAAGAUCUGGUUCCAGAACCGAAGGAACAAGUGGAAGAGGCAGCUGGCCAGCGACAUGGAGGCGGCUGGCCUUCCUCAGGCUGCCCAGAGGAUGGUCAGGGUCCCCAUUCUGUACCACCAGGACCAGCCCUCGGCCACCGUGGGCUUCAGCAUGCCGCCGGUGUCCCCACCGUUACUCGGGUUCUCUGGGUCUGUCAGUUACCAGCUGCCUCCCUUCCCUCCAUCGAUGGCUUUUGUAAGGUCACAAAUGACAGGUCUUGUAUAAUUGAGGUCGGAUGUUUUAUGGUUUCCUUAGUUAUUCUGUUACUGAUUUGUGCAAUAACUUGUAUUCUGUAGCAAGAGGUUUUUAUCACACCCGUAAAAAACAA